ACAGAUGAUGGUGACGUGAGCCGGAACCAUCGAAAGUCUCCGGCGAUCACAAAAAUUGUUUUGGAUAAAUUUCAAGUGGUGUUACAACGUCAGUUGGCUUUCUCAUAGUCGUCAAUUUUAAAUUUUCAACACUUCUCCGUCAUCAAGGUGCAAUAUGGGCCUAUGUAAAUGCCCAAAGAAACGCGUGACGAACCAGUUUUGCUUUGACCAUCGAGUGAAUGUUUGCGAACACUGUAUGGUGACGAAUCACCCGAAGUGUAUUGUCCAGUCAUACCUGCAGUGGUUGCAAGACAGUGACUACAGCCCAACCUGCGAGCUUUGCUCUCGUGAACUGGAACUGGAAGAUUGUGUCAGAUUGGUGUGCUAUCACGUUUACCACUGGGCAUGCCUCGACCAGUAUGCCAGGCAGCUUCCGGCAACCACAGCGCCUGCAGGAUACUGCUGCCCAUCGUGCAAGAAAUGCCUCUUUCCUCCAAGCAACCUUGUCUCUCCAGUCAAAGAUGCGUUGAGGGAGGUGUUGGCAGGAGUUAAUUGGGCAAGAGCUGGCCUUGAUUUGCCUCUGUUAAGCGAAGACAAAGAGCAGAAGCCUGCCGGAGAACGCAGAAUUCUGAUUAAUGAAACUCCGAAUGUGAUUAAUCAUGUGAAUGGAGAAGCACAAUCGUCAACCGCCACUCCAUUGCAAACAGCUAGAGCCAGCACUCCUAAGAGGCCACUGUCCACAAUUUCAAGUAAUGUGCAUUCUGUUGUUCACAUGGACAACAGCGUCGACACUCCAUCAUUUAACAGGAGCGAUUCUCUAAGUCAUCCUGGGAGAAAAUUGGUGCAUGACGUGGACGAGGAUCGCUCAACUGGGUUUGAUCAUGACGAGAACAAAUACAAAAGAAGAUCAGCCAUUGAGUGGCUGAUGAGGUGGUGGAAAUCGACAACUCGCCCGACGUCUGGCAGGAGAAUUGGUGGCGGAAUCUACCGUCGAUAUUUGAUGUUGGCUGUUCUGUUCUUUGUGGGGUUCUUGACAGUUAUUGUCAUCUUUUCAUGGCUGGGACGAAUGGCCACUGAAAAUGAUCCCAAUCUGGACAUCAACCAGAAUCCUAUGUUGCAUGUGAAAAGAUCGUGAGACCUGCGUGAGACUGCAUCCUAUUUCCAGGACUGAAGAUUUCCUGUCUGCACUAUAAGUAACCAUUAUUCCUUUCUCUAUUUUGUUUGUAGUUCCGUUUGUAUUGCUUUCCGGAAACGCAUUCCAACCUUGUAAUGACAGUCAGUGGUUAUAACUUGAGUUCAAAAUCUGAUAGAAAACACGCGCAGUUUGCCGGUGAUGUUAUGAUUUAUUGCAUGUUUGAAAUAUUUAUAUGAAUCAAAUUAAAUCUCUUUUAAAACUAGAA